AAUAAAACCCAAAUAUUUUAAGAUCCAAUCGAAGUAUCAGAGAGCUUAAUCCCACCUCUCUCUCUCUCUCUCUCUCCAACUUUCUCUAUAUAUUGCAUGCAUCCAUUGUUUUACCAUCUUCCCAUUAGUUUUUUUUUAAUGGUUGAAAGAGUUCGUUUCUGUUCAUUUCAUCAUCCUCUCUACCUAAACCAACCCACAUCACAAAACCGCUUUAUAACAGCGAACCCACCUGUGUUUUGGUAUUCCAGCUGACAGAAUAGCAGUUUUCCGGCGAACCCAGAUGGAGAAAGAACCAUUUCUUCCACAUAUCAUCAACUCCAGAAGGCCACAACCACCACCACCGCCACUACUCUGUCCCCUCCCAGAGAACGAUGAAAUCUCUAUUCCUCUCCCUCUAACCCCAUCAGAACUCAAAGACCGCCUAAUCUUUGGACCCUCCUCCUCAUCAUCCCCCAAAGACCCAUCUCCACUCGUUGAUGCUCUCCUAAGCCCAACCCUAAAUUCCCCCAAAUCCUCCACCUCUUCUUCAAAUCCCACAUACCCUGACCCACCAAAUCAACAGUCUUGGUUGAUUGACCCCUUUUAUUCAUGGACCAAAAGCAACCUCCACCGGUCGAAAACCGCCCCGGCUAUGGCGGCAAUCAACGAUGUCAUCCGCGCUUCAGUGCCGAAACCGCCUCAAUUCACUUCUUCAUCAAUCGUUCGUCAGUCUUUUGUCCUUUUGGUAAUUUAUUUGACUCUUGGUGUGAUUAUAUAUUGGUUUAAUCAGGAUGAUUUUAGUGCAACUAACACACACCCAGUUGUUGAUGCUUUGUAUUUUUGUAUCGUGACAAUGUGUACAAUUGGGUAUGGUGAUAUUACUCCAAAUAGUACUACCACAAAGUUGUUUUCAAUAAUGUUUGUGUUGGUGGGGUUUGGUUUUGUUGAUAUUUUACUUACUGGGAUGGUUAGUUAUGUGCUUGAUUUGCAAGAGAAUUAUCUUUUGAGGACUGUGAAAGCUGGGGGAGACCAUAAUAAUAUGCCUAGGUCAUAUAUAAUUGAUGUGAAGAAGGGGAGGAUGAGGAUUCGGAUGAAGGUGGGGUUGGCAUUGGGAGUUGUGGUUCUUUGUAUUGGGGUUGGAGUGGCUGUUAUGCAUUUUGUUGAGAGGCUUGGAUGGUUGGAUUCAUUUUAUCUUUCGGUUAUGUCGGUCACCACUGUUGGGUAUGGUGACAGGGCAUUUAAGUCCUUGCCUGGUCGGAUUUUUGCAUCGAUUUGGUUGCUUGUGUCCACACUUGCUGUUGCUCGGGCCUUUCUUUACUUGGCCGAGGCAAGGGUGGAUAAACGGAAUAGGAGGAUGGCAAAAUGGGUGCUUGGUCAGGAUAUGACUGUCUCCCAGUUUCUUGCUGCUGAUAUUGACAACCAUGGUUUUGUUAGUAAAUCAGAAUACGUCAUAUACAAGCUCAAGGAGCUGGGAAAGGUCUCGGAAAAAGACAUCUUGCUGAUAUGCAAAAAAUUUGAACGGCUAGACACUGGCAACUGUGGGAAAAUUACUCUUGGUGAUCUCAUGGAAAGUCACAACUGAGAUAUACAAAUGGGGUUCGUUCUGCCAGGUGAACAAAGUUGUGGCACCACAUGGACUUGCCCUCACGAGUCAUAUUGUCUCAGAUUCAGCAGAAAGGCUAGUUUGUGUGUGAAUUGUACAAAAAGCUGCUCUUUUACGAACUAAGAUGCCCCGAUCAGUUGAUCCUUGUGUUUAAGGAUCCUGACCAUCGAUCAGAGUGAGCCAUCUCUUCGGUAUAAUGGUGCAUAGCAAAAAAAUCUGUCAUGGCUUCAUCGGUAAACUAGUAUCAUCAAUCUUCUGUAUCCAUUGUAUAUUCUCUCCAUCCUGUGAACUUUUUUUUUUUUUUUCUUUUUGUCGGUGGGCAUUGUGGCUUCAACUCAAGCCACUUAAAAUCCUUUAUGUAUUUUGUUUUUCUUUUUUUCAAGGCAAGUUAGAUUAAUAAAUGUAUAGAGUUAAAAGUUUAACACUCUAAAAUUUACCAGAUGCACUAACUCAAUGAACUAUCGAGUCAUCUGCCUUUAUGUAUUUUGUUA